GGAGUGAUCAGCAAAAAAAAAAAAAGCAAUUCUCCCUCCUCCCAAAGCUCUCCCAUCUCUCUCCAACGGACGCACGCGCACACCACUCCAACAACAGUGGCACAGCGCAGCGGGCAAGUGAGCGGAGCGAGGCGAGCCGUCGCCGCCGGGCAUCGCCGUCCGCCAGCCUCCGGGAGGAUAUAUAAAACAAUUCAAGGUGUAAAGUUGGUAUCUAUUUAAUCAUGGCAAAUUCCAACUCUUCAGAACCUCGAGACUCUCGAGAGCCUACUUCACCCUCACCAUCGACAUCUUCUAUAUCGAGGGGAAAAAGUGACCUUGCAGAAGUCGAUGAUCCUGAAAGUGCAAUGUCCACUGUUGCUCGAUUGUUGGAAGAGCUCCAUGCUAGCAUGAUAUGUCCAUUAGAGAAGGAAGUGACAAUCAGAAGGUUACUUGAACUGGCAAAAGCAAAAAAGGAGGCAAGGAUUUUGAUUGGUAGCCACUCUCAGGCAAUGCCACUAUUUAUAUCUACCCUUAGAAUUGGGACAUCUGCAGCAAAAAUAAAUGCUGCAGCACUACUUGGUGCAAUCUGUAAGGAAGAAGACCUGCGUGUGAGGGUCCUCUUAGGAGGUUGUAUACCACCCUUACUCUCCCUUUUGAAGUCUGAAUCUGCUGAAGCGAAAAAGGCUGCUGCUGAAGCAAUUUAUGAAGUGUCUUCUGGUGGACUUUCGGAUGACCACAUAGGCAGGAAAAUAUUUGUAACCGAAGGUGUUGUGCCGACUCUGUGGGACUUGCUCAAUCCUAGGUCACGCCAAGAUCGAGUGGUUGAGGGCUUUGUGACUGGGGCUUUAAGGAAUCUCUGCGGGGAGAAAGAUGGUUACUGGAAGGCCACACUUGAAGCUGGCGGCGUUGAAAUUAUUACUGGUCUUCUUUCAUCCAAAAAUACUUCUUCACAGUCAAAUGCUGCCUCCCUAUUGGCACGGUUUAUCUCUGCUUUUGGUGAUUGCAUUCCCAAAAUUAUAGAUGCUGGGGCUGUUAAGGCCCUUCUUCACCUUCUAAAUCGAGAUAAUGUCAUUUCCGUUCGUGAAAGUGUGGCUGAUGCUUUGGAGGCCAUAUCUUCCAAGUCUAGUAUUGCAAAGAAAGCUGUGGUGGAUGCAGGCGGCCUUCCUAUUCUGAUUGGAGCUGUUGUAGCUCCCUCAAAAGAAUGCAUGCAGGGUGAUACAUGCCAUUCUCUACAAAGCCAUGCUGUCCAUGCUUUAUCAAAUAUUUGUGGUGGAACAACUUCUCUGUUGCUUUACCUUAGUGAGCUCUGCCAAGCACCCCGGUCACCUGUUACUCUUGCUGACAUUCUUGGAGCACUUGCAUAUUCGUUGAUGGUUUUUGAUGGCACUGAUGGUAAAUCCUUUGACCCAGUUAAGAUAGAAAAUACUUUGGUUGUGCUCCUAAAGUCUCAUGACAGUAAGCUUGAUCGUAUUCUUGAGGCUUUAGCGAGUUUAUAUGGAAAUGCUUGUCUCUCUGACAGACUUGAUCACUCAAAUUCUAAGAAGGUUCUUGUUGGGUUGAUCACCAUGGCUUCUUCUGAUGUUCAGGAACAUCUUGUUCGUGCCUUAACCAGCUUGUGUUGUGAUGGUCUUGGAAUAUGGGAGGCUCUUGGAAAGAGAGAAGGAGUUCAGUUGCUAAUAUCGUUACUUGGGCUUUCCAGUGAGCAGCAGCAGGAAUAUGCAGUUUCAUUGUUGGCUAUCUUGAGUGAUGAAGUAGAUGACAGUAAGUGGGCGAUAACAGCUGCUGGAGGUAUCCCUCCACUUGUCCAGCUACUAGAAACGGGAUCUCAAAAAUCAAAGGAGGAUGCAGCUCAUAUCAUAUGGAACAUGUGCUCUGACAGUGAUGAUAUCAGAGCAUGUAUUGAGAGUGCUGGGGCUGUUUUGGCACUGAUUUGGCUUCUAAAGAGUGGUAGUACUCGUGGACAAGAGGCAUCAGCCAAAGCACUCAAGAAGCUGAUACGAUCUGCUGAUUCUGCUACAAUUAAUCAACUGUUAGCACUACUUCUCAGUGACUCACUGAGCUCAAAGGCCCAUGUCAUUACAGUUCUCGGGCAUGUCCUUGUGAUGGCUCCUCAGAGAGAUCUAGUCCAGAAUGGAGCUGCAGCCAAUAAAGGCCUUAGGUCACUUGUUCUUGUUCUUGAAUCAUCAAAUGAAGGAACACAGGAGAUUGCUGCAACUGUGUUGGCUGAUAUUUUCACGACGCGCCAGGAUAUUUGUGACAUCUUGGCAACUGAUGAAAUUGUUCAGCCAUGCAUGAAGCUUUUGACAAGUGGAAAUCAAGUUAUUGCAACACAUUUUGCCCGAGCUUUAGGAGCGCUAUCGUGUUCAGCUAAUGCCAUGUCAAAGAACAAGAUGUCAUGUUUAAAUGAAGGUGAUGUGCGACCUCUUAUAGAGAUGGCAAAGACAUCAUCUAUUGAUGUUGCUGAAACAGCAUUUGCUGCAUUGGCAAAUCUCCUAUCAGAUGCACAGAUUGCUAAAGAAGCACUAGAUGACAAUAUUGUCUUGGCUUUGACUAGAGUGCUUAAGGAGGGGAGUUUAGAAGGCAAGAUUAGUGCUGCACGGUCACUUUGUCAGUUGCUCAAUCAGUUCCCCCUCAGUGAUGUUCUUCCAGAUUAUUUGCAGUGCUGUUUUUUAAUUCAUGCACUGCUGGUGUGUCUAUCUGGCAUCAGUUUGGACAACGUUACAAGUUUGGAACCCCUCAAUGUGCUUGCAUUGAUGGCCAGAACCAAGGAGGGUGCACAUUUUAGUCCCCCUCUGUGUACUGCCUUUCUUGAAAUUUCAGAAAGCUUAGAACCUUUAGUUCGUUGUGUUAGUAUUGGGCUUCCACCGAUUCAAGAUAAGUCCAUUCAAAUCCUUGCAAGUCUCUGUCAGGGCCGACCUUCUCCACUUGGUGAAUAUUUAAACAGAAGCCAAGGAUGUGUUGCUUCUCUUGCUAGUAGAGUUAUGGAGUCAACAGAUAUGGAAAUAAGAAUCAGCAGUGCAGUCACCCUCAUAUCUGCAAUGAGGGACAGCAGAGAACAGUCGAUUGAUGUUCUUGAAGCAUCAAAACUUCUGAAGAAUCUAAUAUCUGCACUCAUCGAUAUGCUGAAGCAACAUUCCUCUUCAACGUCCCUAGACAUUGAAGUUUGGAAACCUUGCACGGAAGAAAGUUUGUUUCAUUAUGAGCAGGAUGUUUUGAAUGUGCCUGAGUUAGGAAAGGUUUCUGAAGAAACUGUUGCACUUUGGUUGCUCUCACUGAUUUGUUCUUAUCAUGCAAAGAGUAAAUAUACUGUUAUGGAGCUCGGUGGUGUUGAUGCUGUUUCUGAUAGACUUGCUAGCUAUGCUGCUCAUCGACAGGAACAGUAUGAAGACUCAGAAAAUAUGUGGACUUGUGCCCUUCUGUUGGCCACUUUAUUUCAGGAUUCAUUGGUUGUUCAAUCUUCAGAAAUAAUGCGAACAAUACCUUCUUUAGCUUCAUUGCUAAAAUCUGAUGAUAUCAUCGAUAAGUACUUUGCUGCGCAAUCACUGGCUAGCCUUGUUUCCACUGGAAGCAGAGGUAUACAGCUUGCUAUUGCAAAUUCUGGUGCAGUUGUGGGUGCUAUAGGCUUGAUCGGACAGGUGGAAUGUGAUAUGCCAAACCUUGUUACAAUGGCGGAAGAAUUCAAGUUGGCAGAGAAUCCAAGUCAAAUAAUAUUGAGAAGCCUUUUUGAGCUUGAAGAUGUUUGCACUGGUGCUACUGCUCGAAGGUCCAUACCCUUGCUAGUGGACCUACUUAAACCAAUGCCUGACAGACCAGGUGCACCUCUGAUCGCUUUGCACCUUCUGACUCAACUAGCGGAAGAUAGCGAGGCAAAUAAAGUUGCUAUGGCGGAGGCUGGAGCUUUAGAUGCUUUGACUAAGUAUCUAUCUUUAAGCCCUCAAGACUCAACUGAAACUACUAUAACCAAUUUGCUAGGGAUUUUAUACAGUAAUCCUGAUCUUCUUUACCAUGAAUCAUCACUUAGCACUUCAAAUCAACUGGUAGCUGUCUUGCGUUUGGGCUCAAGAAGUUCUAGGCUUAGUGCAGUAAGGACGUUGCAGAAGCUCUUUGAUUCAGAGAAUAUAAGGGACACUGAAGUGGCUAGGCAAGCUAUUCAACCAUUACUUGACAUGCUUGAGUCAGGAACUGAAAUAGAACAGCAGGCAGCACUUGGUGCACUUAUCAAUCUUUCUGCUGGGAAUAUCACAAAGGCUUCUGUUAUGUUUGAUGUAGAAGGCAACACACUUGAAAGCCUCUACAAAAUUUUAUCUUUCAGUUCGUCAUUGGAGCUUAAGAAAGAUGCUGCUCAUCUCUGCUAUAUUUUAUUUGAGAAUUCAACCAUACGUGCAUCACCAAUUGCAACAGAAUGUCUUCAAUCCCUGAUAUCAUUAAUGACAUCAGGCUCUAGUUUGGUUGUUGAACCAGCUGUUUGUGCUCUGAAUAGACUACUGGAUGAGGAGUACAAUGCAGAGAUUGCUGCAACUAGUGAAGUUGUCGAUCUUCUUGUUAGUUUUGUUCCUGGAACAAACUACCAGUUGUCUGAAGCGUGUAUCGGUGCUCUCAUAAAGUUGGGUAAGGACCGUCCAAACUGCAAGCUUGACAUGGUUAAAGCUGGUAUCAUUGAGCAUGCACUUGAUAUGAUUCUUGAUGUUCCUGUUGCUGUUAGUUCAUCCAUUGCUGAGUUGCUUCGCAUUUUGACAAACAACAGUGGGAUAGCUAAAAGUUCUGCUGCUGCAAAAAUGGUGGAGCCACUUUUCUUGCUUUUACGUCGCCCUGAUGUGACCAUGUGGGACCAGCACAGUGCAUUGCAAGCACUCGUAAAUAUUUUGGAGAAGCCUCAGAGUUUAGCAGCAUUGAAGUUGACUUCCAGUCAAAUAAUUGAGCCGUUAAUAUCAUUUCUUGAGUCUCCCUCUCAAGCGAUUCAGCAACUUGGCACUGAGGUGCUAUCACAUCUUCUAGAACAGGAACAUUUUCAACAGGAUAUCACUACCAAAAAUGCAGUUGCCCCUCUGGUGCAGCUUGCUGGUAUUGGAAUCUUGAGCUUACAACAAACAGCAGUUAAAGCACUUGAAAGCAUAUCACAGAGUUGGCCCAAGGCUGUAGCAGAUGCAGGUGGAAUUUUCGAACUUUCAAAGGUAAUUGUCCAGGAUGACCCUCAGCCAAGUCAAGCAUUAUGGGAAUCUGCGGCACUUGUGUUAUGUAAUGUUUUGCGUUAUAACUCUGACAACUAUGUCAAAGUCUCAAUGGCUGUACUUGUAAGAUUGCUGAACUCCACCAUGGAGAGUACUGUCACAAUAGCUCUCAGCGCUCUACUUGUUCAAGAGAAAAGUAGUUCACGCUGUGCUGUGGCCAUGGCUGAGGCUGGGGCAGUACGUGCACUCUUGGAGCUCCUUAAGAGCCAUCGGUGCGAGGAAUCUGCAGCAAGAUUGCUUGAAGCACUGAUAAAUAAUUCAAGGGUCCGCGAAACAAAGGUUGCCAAAUAUGCUAUUGCUCCUCUCUCACAGUACCUGUUAGACCCUCAGUCUAAGAAUCAGUCAGCUAAGUUUCUUGUGACUCUUGCACUAGGCGACAUUUUCCAGCAUGAAGCACUCGCGAGAGCAAGUGACUCUGUAUCUGCCUGCCGUGCUCUUGUAAGCCUACUUGAGGACCAGCCUACGGAUGACAUGACAAUGGUUGCUAUUUGUGCACUGCAAAGCUUAGUGAUGCACAGCAGGACAAAUAGGCGCGCUGUUGCUGAGGCUGGGGGCAUUUUGGUUGUGCAGGAAUUGCUUCUUUCUCCAAAUGUGGAUAUUUCAGGACAGGCUGCUCUGCUAAUCAAGUACCUAUUUUCAAAUCAUACACUUCAAGAAUACGUGUCGAAUGAGCUCAUCCGGUCUCUCACUGCUGCCUUAGAAAGAGAGCUGCUCUCUACAUCAACGAUCAAUGAAGUUAUUCUGAGGACCAUAUAUGUGAUAUUCAGCAACUUCAAAAAGGUUCGGUUUUCUGAGGCAGCAACCUUGUGCAUACCCCAUCUGGUUUGUGCCCUGAAGGAUGGAAAUGAGGCUGCCCAAGAGAGUGUGCUCGACACCCUUUGCUUGCUGAAAGAAUCUUGGCCACAAAUGAAUGAAGAAAUCGCUAAGGCCCAGUCCCUGAUUUCAGCUGAAGCCAUACCUGUACUACAAAUGCUUAUGAAGACCUGUCCUCCCAGUUUUCAUGAGAGGGCUGAUAGUUUGCUGCAUUGCUUGCCUGGUUGCUUGACCGUGACCAUUAUACGUGGGAAUAAUUUAAAACAGACAAUGGGGAGUACAAAUGCAUUUUGUUGCCUACAAAUAGGAAACGGUCCUCCAAGGCAAACUAAGGUGGUUAACCACAGCAUCUGCCCAGUAUGGAAUGAGGGCUUCACUUGGUUAUUUGACGUCGCCCCAAAAGGGCAGAAGCUAUACAUCUUAUGCAAAAGUAAAAACACAUUUGGAAAGUCAACCCUCGGAAGAGUCACCAUCCAGAUCGACAAAGUUGUUACCGAGGGUGUGUACAGUGGCUUCUUCAGCCUCAGCCACGACGGUGGUAAGGAUGGCUCGAGAACACUAGAGAUAGAGAUCGUGUGGUCAAACAGGCCAUCCAAUGACAAAAGCUGAGCGCUUGAUGACCCGCAUCAUUCAAUUAUAUUGAGGUCCUUUCUGGAUUGUAGCCUUGCAGCUGUAACAGAUUUUGGACCGGGUAUUUUUUUUGUACAGGUGAAUUUAUUUCCUGUAAUUAUAAUUUAGAGUAGAUCGGUGUCAGUAUGGAGAAACAGAACUGACAGUAACAUUGGUUGUAAUUUCGUAGCAUCAUUUUGAGCAUACCAUUUUCAGAGGUAAAAUUCGAUUACCCAAUUGCAUUGAUCUUUUUUUUUUCUUACAAGACAGUAAGUACACAGCUUCUAUUACAAGGCAACAUUUUUCUAUACUGGACUGGAGACAAAUAUCUUAUGCAUCGUUGCAGUUGUAAUUUUCGUUUCUCAGAUGUGCUCUCGUGCUGUCUUAUGUGCUGCCAUGUGGUCAUACCUGACGGGAGUAAAAAUUUACUGGUAUAAAUUCUUCAUAAUUCCUCUCAGUCAUCUGGCAACACCUCUCUGGUAUCUCCAGUAGAAUGUUGUUCCUUUUAUGGUUUUGUCAUGCCAACAUCCGAUGAAGUACUAGUGUUCUGCAGUAUGCAGAUGAUUUUUCCUUGGUGAUUUGGUGCUGACUCUACUGCAGGGCCAACUGAAAAUUCACUGAGCAACCAUAAAUUCAGAAAACUUAUGUGAUCCUAAUCUUUGCCUUGCAGGGUAAAAAAUCCUGUCCCUUUCUGAAAAUUCAGAGUGCAAGUCGUCUGCAGGGUAUAAAAGGAGAAUCUGCAGCCUUGCAGGGACACUGGGGAUCUACAGUCCGCUCCCUGAUGUACCAAAUCCAGUAGGUUUUGAACGGAUAUCUGAGAAGAUCUUGGUGCUUUGAAGA